GAUAUUUCAAUCAAGUGCCCUUGGUUCUCGAUUCCGCUUUUUCAUACCCUCCUGAGGUUCAACGUCAGGAUACGUCUCUUCAUUAAAAUUCAAACAACGGUCAAAAAACUAAAACCAGAAGUCAUCAUGUUUCUUUCGUGGUGGAUUACGUUUCUUUUGCUCUUUCGAUGCGCAAUAGGACAAAUUGAUAUUGAAACUUUGGUUCCAGAAAUCUUGGUAACCUUAUCAGCACCAGAUGAUACUCCAACCACAACCACAACCCAGACUCUGGUUCCCUUACUGGUCGAUACCUCUACAGCACCUAGUUCCCCCUCCACAGCAGAGCUCCAGUUUCCGCUUUCUUUGACACAAACAUUACGCACUCUAAGUGAAAAUGAUUCCCAAGCUACUUCAAUCACUUCCAGCUCAAGCAAGACUCAGACUUCGGUACCCUUAAGUACUCAAGCCUCACCAAAGGAAACAGGAUUCAGCACAUCAGAGCAGUUCAAGGUUCAGAUUCUUAACGCCCAGGAUUGGUAUAGAGCUGCACAUGGAGCACUGCCUCUUGUUUGGAAUGAUACUUUGGCUGAUUCCAGUUCAAAUUGGGUCGCUGGAUGUGUCUGGGAUCUCGAGUCAACUCCCGGAAUAGGAAAAUCAUUUGUGUCUGUUGUGCCCACCAGUGUCUUUGGAAUCGUCAACCACUUAGGAUUGGAACGCCAGUUCUACAAUUGGUCAGAACCAGGACCGACUAAUUCUACAAAAAAAUUUACGCAGAUGGUAUGGAAAAGCACCACGUCUAUUGGGUGUGCUUGGAAUAAUUGCCCACCCGGAUCAUCACCAGACCCGGCUACGCCUGGAGUUUCCUUAUUUCUGCUAUGUCAAUACUAUCCCAAAGGCAACCAAGGCACUAUCACAGACUGGAAAAACAAUGUGGGAGAGCUAGAGUCUGGAAGUCUUGGAGAAGGUGUUGUUGCUGCUGAUGGUUUUGGGCUAAGCAGUCUAACUACUGCAACCACAACAACUAGCAGAACAGUUGGGAACAGUGCAUCAAGUACAACAAGCGGUUAUUACACAGCUGCUACCGGAAGAGAUAUUGAAAGUCUGGCCAAUGAGCUGGAUCGCCGUCUGUUUACGAUGGCUAUCAGCUCGGCUAUUGUCAUUGUUUCAGUUGCCUGGUGUCCUUUCGCUUUGGUACCUCUGCUCUUCGCUGUUAGGCUUGCAGAUGCAAAAACAAAGCCUGAAUUGGAUAUUCCUGCUUACCCAACGAGAAUCGAUGACAUGGAAAUGGUAUCCAAGAUGAUCAACACGCACGUCGUUUAAUAGUCAGGCCCCGCUAGCAGAGAUUGAGUUUAGUUUACCUAUACAAUUUCAAGUCUCAAUACUAAAGGCGUGAAUUAGUAUGGAAGUAAACUCAAUGCUAAUAAGCCACUUGUACAUAACGAAAGUCUUGCUGCUGAAAAUGAAGCUUGAGUCAGAUUGUGUCUUUGAUUUUUGUCCUCUCAUAUGUAGCGUAACACUCAUGAAGUACUUUUUUUUUUUUUUUUUGCUACGAACGCUGGAUUUUGCAUGAUGAUAUCGACUCGGACUAAUGGGUAAACUAUAUAAAAGAGCGAAACAUAAGUUGGCACCUUUGAUAUUAUUGAUUAUUGAUUUUUGCGUGGAACAGUCUUAUUAUCUCUACGCAGGUGAUGAUAUUACAUAGGAUACAGCAGAACCGAAUUCGCUCAUAUAGCGUAGAAAGAUACCACACAAUUUAGAUAUGCCUAGAGCACUAGUGGCA